UAAAAUUUUUUUUUUUUUUUUGCAUAUUUUUAAAAUAAAAAUAUCAUUACAUAUACACUUAACAAUAUUUCAACCAAUAGAAAGAUAAACGAGAGAGUAUUGUUAAUAAAUUUUGUAUCAAAAUUUUAAACUUACAUUGAAACGAAAAAAUUUAUUCAACAACGAUAAAUUAACUGAAACGGAGGGAAUAGUAAACGGGCUUUUAAUAAAAACUCACUAAUUACAUGAUCACUGAUUAGUUGUUUCACGUGACAAGAACCCAAAACCUUAGCUUGUAAUAUUUUUUUCUAAAACGAAAAUGUUCAUCAGAUUUCUAGCAAUUCCAACAUGUUCAAUUAAUAAUGGUUUUAUUCUGUUGUUAAAAUAAAAAUUUAACUACCUAAACCAAAAUAUAAUAAAAUAAUAAUAAUAAUUUGCAAUUUAGAAAAAUGAAUUUUGCCGGCUGGAGAUGCUCCCUAAACCUAUUUUUUUUUACGGGAGCUUAGCUACAAAAGCUCUUAAUUAAUCUAGUAUUAUUAUUUUUUAUCAACUCUAGUAUUCCCUCCGUUUUAAUUUAGUUGUCAUUUUAGGUUUAUGCACACGGAUUAAGAAAACAUUUAAUUGUGCAUAUUUUCAAAAUAAAAUCAUCUUCAAUUAAUAGAAAAUAAAUUGAAGAAUAUUGUCAAUAAAUUUUGCAUUGAAAUUAUAAAAUAACAUUUAUUUUGAAACGGAAAUUUUAUCUUACAAUGAUAAUUAAAUUGGAACUGAGGAAGUACUAUUUAAAUCUGAGUUUACAGCAUUUGGAGCCAACAUAUUUUUGUGUGACAACAACCAAAGAAAGAAAGAAAAACACAUACAUAUUAUUGUAACAAAGCAUAAAAUUAAUGGCUGACAAGGAGCUUAAUAUGAACGUGAGAGACGACAACGUAAGUGAAGAAACGAAGAAACUGAUCUCUUCACUUCCUACAUACAAAGAUUCACUAGUUAAGCUCUGCAAGUACCAAGGAUGUUGGUAUUACUACAACACUCUCCAAGCUGUCAUCAACUUCCAGAAUAAUUUUCAGCCGCAAGACACUGAUAUUAUUCUCGCUUCUUUCCCAAAGUCCGGCACAACUUGGCUCAAGGCACUCUCGGUUGCACUCUUAGAGAGAUCUAAACAUGAUGAUCCUCUGAACCAUCCACUGCUAUCCGGUAACCCUCAUGGCAUAGUACCAUUCUUCGAGAUUGAUAUGUAUCUCAAAAGCCCAACACCGGACCUAACCAAGUUCACCUCCUCAUCAUCAUCAUCAUCCUCGAGGCUGUUUUCGACACACAUGCCUUUGCACACCGUGAAACAAGGCCUCAAAGACUCUCCAUGCAAGGUUGUGUACUUGUGCAGGAACGCAAAGGACGCGUUGAUAUCGCGUUGGUAUUUCAGGAGCAAGUGUGAGAAGAAGGAUGUGUCUAGAAGCAUUCUCGAGUCGAUGUUCGAGUCGUUUUGCAGCGGGGUUGGCUUCUACGGUCCGACUUGGGAUCACGCCCUCAGUUACUGGAGAGGCAGCUUGAAGAAUCCCGAGAGUGUACUCUUCAUGAAGUACGAGGAACUGAAAAGGGUGCCUUGUCCUCAGCUGAAGAGGCUUGCUGAGUUCUUGGGAUGUCCUUUCACCAAGGAAGAGGAAGAGAGCGGGUUGGUUGAGAAGAUUAUUGAACUAUGCUCUUUCGAUAACUUGAGCGGUUUGGAGGUCAACAGAACAGGGAAAACGCUGACGAACGUCGAUCACGAUAGCUUUUUCCGCAAAGGAGAAGUUGGUGGCUGGAAAAAUUAUCUAACUCCUGAAAUGGAGAACAAAAUCGACAUGAUCAUUGAUGAGGAACUAAAAGGUUCGGGUUUGACUUUCUAGACUUGUUUUACUUUUUCAUGUUUGUUUGUACCUUUUCUUAUUUCAAUGCGUUGUAAUAAGAUUACCUUCUGCCAUGCCAUGUAUCUUACAUUUUCUACUUUGGAUUUGAAUGAAGAAAAACAUUAAAUAUUUUUAUCGUUCCUAA